GAUUUCACUUUCUCUCUCUAACUUCGAAGAAAGAAAGAAAGAAAAAGAGAAUGAAGAAAAUGCACUCUCUCUCCUCUUAUCUCCUCCUCCUUAUCUCGUUAACCGCCAUAGCUACACCUACGACAACCUCCGCCACAACGAUCGGAGUCACAUACUCGACUCCAGCUUCAAUCUCCGGCACCGUACAACUCUCACCGGACAGAAUCGCCGAAAAAGUCGUUUCAAUGAACAUUCCGGCGGUGAGACUCCUCGAUUCAAAUCCGGCGAUGAUUCGUGCCUUCGCUUACACAAACGUAUCUCUCUUCCUCUCCGUACCAAAUCCACUAGUUCCUCUCCUCGCUUCAAAUCGUUCUCUCGCGAUGCGUUGGGUCUAUCGCCAUGUGCUUCCUUUUUAUCCUCGCACCAAGAUCUCAAUCAUCUCCGUCGGUAACGACGUGAUUUCGUAUUCUCCGGACGUAUCUCCGUUUCUCCUCCGUGCGAUGCAGAAUGUUCAUCUAUCUCUUGUAGAUCUGAGAAUCUACAAGAUCUCUGUAUCAACGACGUUCUCUUUCUUCAACAUCGUACCCACGGCAUUUCCACCUUCGUCGGCGCAGUUUCAACAACCUAACGGAGAAGUUAUCAUCAGACCGAUUUUGCAAUUCCUCGAAAGAACGAAUUCGUCUUUCUUGAUCAAUCUCUAUCCCUACAAUAUGUAUCGGUCUAGCUUCUCGAUUCCGAUUGGAUUUGCUCUUUUUGAAGAGUUCCCGUUCAAUUUCAGAGAUGAUCUGACCACCGGAGUAAGAUACCGGAAUCUUUUUGAUAUGAUGGUUGAUGCUGUGAUUAGCUCUAUGGCUGUUAUGGGUCAUGAGAAUCUUCCGGUGAUUGUGGCGGAGACUGGUUGGCCUAGCUCUGGAAUUGAUGCUAGUGAAGUAGAUGCGACGUUGUUGUAUAGUGAGAUGUUCUUGAAAGCUUUGUUGACUCAUCUGAGAAGUGGAUGUGGAACACCGUUGAGGAAAGAAGGUGUUUCAGAGGUUUAUAUCUUUGAGCUUGUUGAGAAAGAUGCUAAGCAAGGGAUUAGGAAUUGGGGACUUUUGCAUCAUAACAUGACUAGUAAGUACAGCUUCGACUUCUCGGAUGGAGGCAAAGUCAGAAGAUUCAAAGAGAUUUUGGUUGGAUUCUUUGUGCAAGUGGUGAUGCUUUACCUGUUGAUGUAGAAGUGAGAGUAAUCAGGUGUAUAAAAGAGUCAAGGUACAUUGAAGAUGGAGAAGUAGCAGGACACCAAGAAUCAUUUGACAUGGCAGCAUGACCCAAUAAGCAAGAUCGUUCUCAUCCUUUACCAUGUCUUGUGAUCUUUGCUUGUGUUUUGCUAUGUAUUGAUGAUUUUUGAACAGACUCCAAAAAUCCUGUCUUGUGUCAGUUUUUAGGUAGAUCAUAUGGAUGGACCAAUAGUGCAUUCAUUACAUUUUUU